AUGCCGUACGCCUUCAAGCCCGGGGACUUGGUGUUCGCCAAGAUGAAGGGCUACCCCCAUUGGCCGGCCCGGAUUGAUGACAUCGCUGAUGGUGCCGUGAAGCCCCCACCCAACAAAUAUCCCAUCUUCUUCUUUGGUACACAUGAGACAGCCUUCCUGGGACCCAAGGACCUGUUCCCCUACGAAAAGUGCAAAGACAAGUACGGGAAACCCAACAAGAGGAAAGGCUUCAACGAGGGCUUGUGGGAGAUCCAGAACAACCCACACGCCAGCUACAGCGCGCCUCCGCCCUUAAGCUCCUCAGACAGCGAAGCCCCCAACGCUGACCCUGUGGGCGGGAGUGACGCCGACGAGGACGGUGAGAAUCGGGGGGUCAUGGCUGUCACUGCUGUGACUGCUUCAACCACCAGUGACAGGAUGGAGAGCGACUCGGACUCAGACAGGAGCAGCGACAACAGUGGCCUGAAGCGGAAAGCCUCAGCAGUAAAGAUGUCAGUGUCGAAACGUACUCGGAAGGCCUCCAGCGACCUGGACCAGGCCAGCGUGUCCCCCUCUGAUGAAGAGAACUCAGAAAGCUCCUCCGAAUCUGAGAAGACCAGUGACCAGGACUUCACCCCCGAGAAGAAGGCCGUGGUCCGGGCCCCACGACGCGGCCCUGUUGGAGGAAGGAAGAAAAAGGCCCGGCCGCUUGCGGCCUCUCCCCCGAAGGUGGCCUCGGCCUCCGACUCGGAUGCGGCCAAGGACGAGCCUGUGGCCAUGGCGAGGUCCGCGCCCUCGUCCUCGUCUUCCUCCUCCUCUGAGUCAGACGUAUCUCUGAAGAAACCUCCGCGGGGCAGGAAGCCAGCUGAGAAGCCGCCCCCGAAGCCCCGUGGCCGGAAGCCGAAGCCCGAGCGACCCCCGUCCAGUUCGAGCAGCGACAGCGACAGUGACGAGGUGGACCGCAUCAGUGAGUGGAAGCGCCGUGAUGAGGCGCGGAGGCGUGAGCUGGAGGAGAAGCGGCGCCGUGAACAGCAGGAGGAGCUGCGGAGGCUGCGUGAGCAGGAGAAGGAGGAGAAGGAACGGCGGCGCGAGCGGGCCGAGCGCGAUGAUGCUCCUCGCAGUGGGGCCAGCGGGAGCAGCGGCGACGAGCUCCGUGACGAGGACGGACCUGUCCGGAAGCAUGGUGGCCGUGGACGGGGCCGAGGGCGCGGUCCCCCAUCCUCGUCCGACUCGGAACCUGAGGCCGGGCCUGACAGAGAGGCAAAGAAGUCCACAAAGAAACAGCCGCAGCCCCUGGAACCUGUGAGGAAACCCAGUCAGAAAGAGAAGAAAGGACGUCCAGAGGACAGACCCCGAGCCAAGCCCCCAAAAGUGGAGCGAACCCGGAAACGGUCUGAGGUGUUGCCCCCUGACAGGAAGAUGGAGAAGAAGAAAGAGCCCUCUGUGGAGGAGAAGCUGCAGAAGCUGCACAGUGAGAUCAAGUUCGCCCUGAAAGUCGACAACCCGGACGUGAAGCGGUGUCUCAGUGCGCUGGAGGAGCUGGGGACGCUGCAGGUGACCUCCCAGAUCCUGCAGAAGAACACGGACGUGGUGGCCACGCUGAAAAAGAUCCGCCGCUACAAAGCCAAUAAGGAGGUGAUGGAGAAGGCGGCUGAGGUCUACACACGGCUCAAGUCACGGGUGCUGGGUCCCAAGAUCGACGCCAUCCAGAAAGCCAGCCGAGGAGGAGCGGAGAAGACAGACCGGCCCGAGGAGGCCCCAGCUGGAGAGGAGGUGCCCAAGGAUAAAGCGGAGGGCGAGCCAGGCACUGACCUCGCCACCCCUGUGAAUGGCGAGGCUGCAUCCCAGAACGCCGAGAGCACAGGUGACCGGGAGCAGGAAGACACACAGAACUCUGAGGAGGUCCCCCGGGGUGAUUCCUCUGAAGACACCCAUGAUGACAUUCAGGAGGGGCCGGACCCCGACAGACCUGGGAACGACCGACUGGAGCAUGAACGGGCUCGCAUGGACUCGGAGUCCCUAGAUGAGGAGAGCUGA